AUGUUGGCAGAUACGCGGCCGGUGUGUGAGGCUAAGACAUACACGACGCUAUCUGGGCGUGAGCCGCGGGGACUGACGCAGUCGCCACCGGCCUACCGCAGCCAGGAGGCCGCCCACCGCAGCCAGGAGGCCGCCCACCGCAGCCAGGAGGCCGCCCACCGCAGCCAGGAGGCCGCCCACCGCAGCCAGGGGGCCGCCCACCGCAGCCAGGGGGCCGCCCACCGCAGCCAGGGGCCGCCCACCGCAGCCAGGGGGCCGCCCACCGCAGCCAGGGGCCGCCCACCGCAGCCAGGGGGCCGCCCACCGCAGCCAGGGGGCCGCCCACCGCAGCCAGGAGGCCGCCCACCGCAGCCAGGAGGCCGCCCACCGCAGCCAGGGGGCCGCCCACCGCAGCCAGGAGGCCGCCCACCGCAGCCAGGGGGCCGCCCACCGCAGCCAGGGGGCCGCCCACCGCAGCCAGGGGGCCGCCCACCGCAGCCAGGGGGCCGCCCACCGCAGCCAGGAGGCCGCCCACCGCAGCCAGGAGGCCGCCCACCGCAGCCAGGAGGCCGCCCACCGCAGCCAGGAGGCCGCCCACCGCAGCCAGGAGGCCGCCCACCGCAGCCAGGAGGCCGCCCUGAAAGUGGAGGAGGAAUUAUUUCCUAG